CCUCAUUCUCUCUCUUCUCUUUCCUAUCUCUGCUUUUAUUUUCUCUUCUUUUCUCUCUCUCUCUGAAGAAAGAAGAAAAGAAAGAAGAAAGAAAAAUCUGUGUAUCUAAUCCAUUCCAUUCCUCCUAUCCCUUUCCGCUUCCCAAAUUCCCACCAUCCACCAAUGCAAUUCAAUGCAUCAUUCCUAACUUGCCUUCUCUAAUUUCAAUUUUACAAUAAUAAUUUCACAAUAAACACUCUCUCUCUUCUUCAAUUCAAAUGCUGGUAGAAGCAAUGGAAACUUCAAUAGCAAAUGGUGGUGCUAGUGCUGUUACUAAUACUGCUUCUGCUGCUUUCACUCAUCACCAUAAUCAUCACCACCAUAAUCUCCACCAUAAUAAUAAUAAUCAGCUUCAUCAGAGUGGCUUCUACGGUGAUAGCAGCGAAGAGGAACUAUCGGUGCUUCCUCGCCACACCAAAGUCGUUGUAACUGGCAACAACCGCACCAAAUCCGUGCUCGUUGGUCUUCAAGGCGUUGUUAAGAAAGCCGUUGGUUUAGGAGGAUGGCACUGGCUGGUUCUUACAAAUGGAAUUGAAGUGAAGCUGCAAAGGAAUGCACUUAGCGUGAUUGAAGCUCCCACAGGAAAUGAGGAAGAUGACGACCUUGAAUUUGAAAAUGUGCAGUGGAAUGGAUCAGAUAUGGCAUCAGAUGACACUCAAAAGUCCCACAAAUCGAGGCAUAGAACGCAUAGAUCGUUGGGAUCGUCUCACAAGACUAUGAGCAGGUCCUUCUCCGGUGAUUCACAAUCUAAGGGGUCCAUUUCAAUGCCGCAUGGAGGGACGAAGGUUGACCUGAGUAAAUUGGAGAUGGCUGCAUUAUGGAGAUAUUGGAGACACUUCAAUCUGGUUGAUGCAGUUCCAAACCCAUCAAAAGAGCAGCUAGUGGAUGUUGUUCAGAGGCAUUUCAUGUCACAGCAAAUGGACGAAUUGCAAGUGAUUAUGGGAUUUGUCCAAGCUGCAAAGAGGCUUAAGACAGUGUGCAAAUGAGAUUGAACCGAAGAAUGAAAAAAAAUAUGAAGAUAUUUUCUCAAGUGAUAUUAUCUAUGACUCUUAAUCCUAACAUUUUUAAUGGUAUGCUAAUAUGAAAAUCCACUUCUCUUUAAUUUAGUAUUCUGUAACAUAUUCUUAACUUUGGUUUCAGUCUUUUUGAUCAAAGUUAAGCAAUGUUAUUAGGUUAGUUGUUAUAUGAUGAUGAGGUUUAUAGUGUUAUAGAGUUUCUUACUCUUUUGUAGCCCCUAGUGUAAGUGUUUGUGUAGAUAUGCUACCUUGAGACUCUUAAGGGAAGCUUCUUUGGCUUCCAUUUU